GUCAGGCAUCCCUCAGAGCGGGCGGAUUGUUUGUUGUUAAAAUGGAGUUCUUACUCGGCAAUCCAUACAGUACUCCAGUCGGACAAUGUAUCGAAAGAGCCACUGAUGGAGGUCUCCAAAAUGAGGACUGGACUCUAAACAUGGAAAUUUGUGACAUCAUUAAUGAGACUGAUGAGGGCCCAAAAGAUGCAAUGCGAGCACUGAAAAAGAGACUGAGUGGGAAUAAAAACUACAGAGAAGUUAUGCUGGCCCUGACGGUGUUGGAGACAUGUGUGAAGAACUGUGGCCAUAGGUUCCAUGCUCAGGUAGCAAACAGAGACUUCAUAGAUGGUGUUAUGGUCAGGAUCUUGUCACCAAAGUCAAAUCCUCCGACCAUUGUACAAGACAAAGUGCUAUCUCUCAUCCAGGCUUGGGCCGAUGCCUUCAGGAGUAGUCCCGAUCUUACUGGAGUAGUCCACAUUUAUGAAGAACUAAAGAGAAAAGGUGUGGAGUUUCCCAUGGCAGAUCUUGAUGCUCUAUCCCCAAUCCACACACCACAGAGGGGUACUCCUGAAGUGGACCCUGGCAUGCUUAAAUAUUUGGCCCCUGCUGCUCCUGCCGCCACCCCUCCCAAACCUGCACCAGCAGUUGUGCGUGCCUCCCAGACGCACAACAUGACCAGUGGACAAGGAGCCAUCAUUGCAACACCAGAACAGAUUGCCAGGCUACGUAGUGAGUUGGACAUUGUCAGGGGGAAUGUCAAAGUCAUGUCAGAGAUGCUAACAGAGCUUGUCCCUGGACAGGAAGAUGCUUCAGAUCUUGAACUGCUUCAGGAACUAAAUAGGACUUGCAGAGCUAUGCAGCAAAGAGUGGUAGAGCUGAUUUCGAGAGUUUCCAAUGAGGAGGUUACUGAGGAGCUGCUACAUGUCAAUGACGACCUCAACAACAUUUUCCUUCGUUAUGAGAGAUAUGAAAGGGUCAGAUUGGGUAGAGCUUCGCAAAAUAACGGAAUGCUAAGUGAGGUCACAGAUGACAACCUUAUAGACCUUGGACCAGGUUCUCCUGCUGUAGUCACUCCCAGGAUCACUUCCAGCCCUCCUCCCCUGUCCAGUGCUGGGGUUUCUGCCUCACCAGCCCAUAAUGGCUCCACAAUGCUCUCGUCUGCACUCGCUGGUUUGGAGGUUGGGGCAGGGACUGUCAGUGCAACAUUGUCAUCUCUCUCAGGUCACAAUCAAGAUGACUUUGAUAUGUUUGCCCAGACCAGGAGUAGUUCUCUGGCAGAGCAACGCAAAAAUGUAACAUAUGAAGACCCGCAAGCUUUGGGUAGCCUGGCUUCAGCACUGGAUGUAAGACAACAAAACACCGGAGGGCUGAGUGUUGAUAACCCAGCAGCAGAUCAGGAGCUGCCCAUAGACAGCUGGCUUAUUACCCAAGGAAUGAUCCCAGUGUCACAGUCCUCUGUCAUGGAUGACAUAGAGGAGUGGCUCUGUGCUGAUGUGAAAGGUGACCGGGUUGAAGAAGGUGUCACCAGUGAAGAGUUUGAUAAGUUCCUUGAAGAAAGAGCAAAGGCAGCAGAUUCUAUGCCAUCUCCCACAAGAGCUCACCUUGCUCCCAGUGGAUCACGUAAGAAGGCAGAGCACACCGAAGAUGCCUUCUUUGCCUUGUAGAGUCCUAAUCUCCCUAUGGUGUCUAAAGUUUUUGCUCCCAUUCAAUUAAUGACAAGCAGUAAUCUAUCAAGUCAUAUCAAUGUCUCCAGUAUUUACACUUGUCAUAGCUUGUUUACUAUGUGUAUGGAUGUAUUAUUUUCCUAUAAUGGCAUUUGAAACUAACUGCCAAAGAAACCAUUCUGUUAAUAGUUUGGCAUUAAAGUGAGUUACUGCCAAAACUAUAAAAUGGCCAUGAAGUGAAAGUAUGCAAACACUAUUGCAUGUGUGAUGGAUUGUGGUGGUUUUCACCAUAUACAGCUCAUAUGUUUUUUGGUUAGUGGUCAGACUGUGCAAAUAUUAAUAUUUUAUAAAUAUUUAACUUAACAAGUUUAUGCUUACGGUAGCCUAUGGGUUUGUAUCAAAUUGCAAGAUGUUUUAUAUGACUAACUUUGGCAAAUUAAAUUUGCUAACUUGGAAGUUAUACUGUGUAUUUCAAUAUUCCUUUAUUGAAGGGAUAAAGCGAAGUCUAUGGCAAAGGGACAUUGAACAUUUCUUAUUGAAAUGCUUCUUAUCGUGUUUAAAAUGUAUGCUCCAAAGAAACUUAAAGCUUUAGAGACAAUUAAUGACAGGUUCCUUCUCCAUGUUAGAAACAUCUUUGCACUUAAAGGGUAACACAUUAGUAUUUUAAAAAUAGUUUUCAUUUUGUUAACAUGUGUGGAAAAUAGACUUUGACUAGCUUAAUUUUGCACAUUUUUUUUAAAUUACUGCAUUAUUGUAACUGUUGAUUGUAUUUAAAAAGGACUUAAGCCUAUCCAUGUAAUGUAUUGGUUCAUACUCUAUGCAGAUUCUUUUUGUUUCAGCCCCACAUAAUGCAUUUAUCAAAGGUUACAACAUAUCAUUUGAUGCAAAUACAAAUCAUUGAUGUAUUGUUUAUUGCUUAUGUUUUUAUAAGUUUGUGCACAAAACAUUCAAUUUAAAAGAUGCAGAAAGAAAGCACAAUUGAGUGUGUUUUUGCCCAGCCAUUUACUUUUCAGCAGUUAGAUUUCAUCUGUGAUUUAUGGCAGUGCAGUAUAUAACUGAAGUCUUGACAAAUCACUUUAUUUAAAAUGAUUUAAGUUGAUAUUGUGUACAUUCACCUCAUUCCCAAUUAAUAUUUUAUUUUGGUGUAAGUGUUUCACAUUUAACACAUAUAAUUUAAAGCUAGUUAUAAAAGUAACCGCAGUGAUACAAGACAGCGUUCCCCAAGUGCUUCUUGAUCAAGUUUAAGGGUCCAUGCAACCAUUGUUUUAUAUGUGUCAAUUUAACUAAAGCUGCUGAAUGUUUAAUUUUAAUUGACAAAACAGAAAACGUGCUGACAGCUGGUAGUCUGAGUUCUGUCUGACUCAGCACACGUGUCACAAAUAAAACACUAGCAUCUU